AUCAAACCUCCCUUUUCAGGAUUUGCCGAGAGGCGAACUUCUCCAAAUGUUACCGCUACGGGAUCGGAGUUAGACUUGACACGGACGGCUCAGACUACUACUACUACAACUACUACUACUCCUCUCUGAGACGUCGUUUCACAAACCAUCGGGACGAAUGAAGACUGAAGGAUCUAUACGGAUUUCGGCGCAUAAUGUUGGGAUGGAGUUUCGAGACUUGUUUGGCUCCAGGGAAGACUAGAAAGCGUUCCUCUAAUUUGUCGCCGGCGGUGCUGGAUGCGCUCCUCUUCUAUGUUGGAUUAUUGUCGCUUUUUCUGAACUCGCACCAAUUCUCUGUCGCUUCGCUCUGCGCCCCGAUCACCCUCUUUGGACUAUGGCCUCGGAUCGCGGGGUCCCAGGGGCCGGCGUCUAUGGAGAUUUACCCCCGAGUUAUACGCGCUCCCAGCCGCCUGCGAACCCAGACGUGCUCCGGAGACCCAGCUACUGCCACGCUGCUUUCGCACUUAAACAAAUCUCAAAGGGGAAGGCGGUAGGUCAGAAAGCUCCUCUGUGGAUCCGGGCGAGGUUCCAGGCCCUCCUGUUCUCUCUGGGCUGCCACAUCCAGAGGCACUGUGGGAAGGUCCUCUUUAUUGGACUCUUAGUGUUCGGGGCUCUGUCUGUGGGACUCCGAGUCGCAGCCAUCGAAACGGACAUCGAACAGCUAUGGGUGGAAGCUGGCAGUCGGGUGAGCACGGAGCUGCGAUACACCAAGGAGAAGCAAGGAGAAGAGUCGGUUUUUACCUCACAGAUGCUCAUCCAGACCCCCAAAGAAGAGGGCGCCAAUAUUCUUACCCAGGAGGCUUUGCUCGUUCACAUGGAAGCUGCCCUGUCCGCCAGCAAGGUCCAGGUGUCACUGUUUGGAAAGUCAUGGGAUCUUAACAAAAUAUGCUAUAAAUCAGGAGUUCCUAUUAUAGAAAAUGUCAUGAUUGAAAGGAUGAUUGACAAGCUAUUCCCCUGUAUGAUAAUCACCCCAUUGGACUGUUUUUGGGAAGGGGCCAAACUACAGGGAGGGUCCGCCUAUUUACCGGGUAUGCCAGAUAUCCAGUGGAUGAAUUUAGAUCCAGUCAAGCUGAUGGAGGAGCUGAGUCAGUUCACUUCACUAGAGGGAUUUAAGGAGAUGUUGGACAAAGCCCAGGUUGGACAUGCCUACAUGAACAGGCCAUGUCUCGACCCCUCAGACCCCGACUGCCCUCUCAGUGCACCUAACAAGGAGCAAGGAGAGAGCCCUGACAUUGCUGGGCGUCUCCAGGGUGGUUGCCAUGGUUUCAGCCGGAAGUUCAUGCACUGGCAGGAGGAGCUGAUCCUGGGAGGGCGGGUCAAGAGCAGCCAGGAUGCUCUGCUGAGUGCGGAGGCUCUCCAAACCAUGUUCCUGUUGAUGAGCCCGAAGCAGCUGUAUGAGCACUUUAAAGACGACUACGAGAUCCACGACAUUAACUGGAAUGAAGAAAAGGCCACCGCCAUCCUCGAGACUUGGCAGAGGAAGUUUGUGGAGGUGGUCCACCAGAGCAUCCCAUCGAACUCCAGCCAGUCCAUCCACGCUUUCUCCACCACCACCCUCAACGAUAUCAUGAAAUCCUUCUCUGAUGUCAGCGUCAUCAGGGUGGCUGGAGGAUACCUGCUCAUGCUGGCCUACGCCUGUGUAACCAUGCUAAGGUGGGACUGCGCCAAGUCCCAGGGGGCCGUGGGGCUGGCCGGGGUGCUGUUGGUGGCUCUGUCAGUGGCUGCAGGACUGGGUCUCUGCUCCCUGCUUGGCCUGUCCUUCAAUGCCGCCACCACACAGGUGCUUCCCUUCCUGGCGCUUGGGAUCGGUGUGGAUGACAUGUUUCUGUUGGCUCAUUCCUUCACAGAGGCUGGAAGUAACAUCCCCUUUAAGGAGCGGACAGGGGACUGUCUACGUCGCACCGGCACCAGCGUGGCUCUGACUUCCAUCAACAACAUGAUUGCGUUCUUUAUGGCCGCUCUUGUACCCAUCCCUGCCUUGCGAGCUUUCUCUCUGCAGGCGGCCAUUGUAGUUGUGUUCAACUUUGCCAUGGUGCUGCUCAUCUUCCCCGCCAUCCUUAGCUUGGACCUCCACCGGCGCGAGGACAAGCGUUUGGAUGUCCUCUGCUGCCUGUACAGCCCCUGCUCCGACCGCGUCAUCCACCUCUCACCGCACGAGUUGUCAGAUGCCGGAGAGCAGCCGCACACGCCUACAACAGCAACGGCGCACCAGUACACAGCGGGAUCGACAAUCACCACCAGCACCCAAAUCACCACCACAGUGCAGGCGUUCACACAGUGUGAUGCAGCCGGACAGCAUAUUGUCACAAUCCUACCACCUACCUCACAGAUCUCCACCAGCCCGCCGUCCAUCAUCGUCUGCCCCACGUCACAGCCUCAAGCCAUCACACCUUCCCCCACCACCACCUCUGUGCCGGACCCAUAUGGCUCCCAGCUCUUCACCCCUACCUCCAGCUCCACACGGGACCUCCUCGCCCAGGUGGAGGAUUCCAAAUCGGGAAAAAAGUGCGUCCCGCUCCCUUUCCUGCACUGGAACCUGUCCAGCUUUGCUAGGGAGAAAUACGCCCCUCUGCUCCUCAAGCCCAAAAGCAAAGCCAUCGUGGUGGUUCUCUUCCUCGGCCUCCUGGGCCUCAGUCUGUACGGGACCACCAUGGUGCACGACGGCCUCUACCUGACCGACAUCGUUCCGCGCGACACCAAGGAGUACGAUUUCAUUGACGCCCAGUUCAAGUAUUUCUCCUUCUACAACAUGUACCUGGUGACCAUGGAUGGGUUUGAUUACGCCCGAUCACAGAGGCUUCUGAUCCAGCUGCACAACGCCUUCAACUCUGUGAAAUACGUGGUCAGAGACAGCGACAACAAACUGCCACGCAUGUGGCUGCACUACUUCCAGGACUGGCUCAAAGGUCUUCAGGCAGCUUUUGAUGCUGACUGGCAGGCAGGCAGGAUUACCUCUGACAGCUAUCGUAACGGCACAGAGGACGGAGCGCUGGCGUACAAGCUCCUCAUCCAGACCGGCUCCAAGAAAGAGCCUUUUAACUACAGCCAGCUGACUUCCCGCCGGCUGGUGGAUGCAGAGGGUUUGAUCCCGGCGGAGGUGUUUUACAUUUACCUGACAGUCUGGGUCAGUAAUGAUCCUCUGGGCUACGCUGCAUCCCAGGCCAACUUCUACCCCCAUCCCAGAGAGUGGAUUCACGACAAGUAUGACACCACGGGGGAGAAUCUGCGCAUCCCAGCUGCAGAGCCCCUGGAGUUUGCCCAGUUCCCCUUCUACCUGAAUGGCCUCCGCCAGGCUGGCGAUUUUGUGGAGGCCAUCGAGAGUGUGCGAGCCAUCUGCGAUGAGUUCAUUCGCAAGGGCGUGUUGAACUACCCGAACGGAUACCCCUUUCUGUUCUGGGAGCAGUACAUUGGCCUCAGACACUGGUUCCUACUGGCGAUCAGCGUGGUGCUGGCCUGCACCUUCCUGGUCUGUGCGAUUCUCCUGCUCAACCCCUGGACUGCCGGCAUCAUUGUGUUUAUCUUGGCCAUGAUGACCGUGGAGUUGUUUGGCAUCAUGGGUCUGAUCGGCAUCAAGCUGAGCGCCAUCCCUGUGGUCAUUCUGAUCGCCUCUGUGGGCAUCGGAGUGGAGUUCACCGUUCACAUCGCACUGGGCUUCCUGACAGCGAUUGGCAACAGAAACAAGCGCUCGGCAGUGGCUCUGGAGCACAUGUUCGCCCCAGUGGUGGACGGCGCGAUCUCCACGCUGCUGGGCGUUCUCAUGCUGGCAGGGUCAGAGUUUGACUUCAUCAUGAGGUAUUUCUUUGCUGUGCUGGCCAUCCUCACUGUUUUGGGGAUGCUGAAUGGCUUGGUUCUCCUGCCAGUCCUCCUGUCCAUGAUGGGCCCUCCGGCUGAGGUCACUCCGGUUGACAACGCCAGCCGCCUGCCGACACCUUCCCCUGAACCCCCGCUUCCCCCACCGAUGACCCACCACGGGUACUACACAGGCCACCACAACCCUCGGUCGUCUCGUCAACAGGCUUUCUCUGAGUCGUCGGACUCUGAGUAUUACUCAGAGAUGACCACGACAUCAGGGAUCGGGGAGGAGGAUUAUAAGUACUGUGACCGGAGCGCAUACAUCGCAUCGCACACCAGCGCUCCACCUACAACAUCUCACAUACUGCUGGAAGCCAGCAAGAACCCCAGCUUCCCCAAACUCACGGUGGUGAAGCCAUUCAGAGAAAAUGCAACUGGUGGAAGGAUAGAGCCAUUAAAUGAAACGUCCCACAAUGCACAAUCACCUCUGGGCUCCCAGGUUACAUGCUGGGACGGAAACAAGCGGGAGCAGCAGCCGGGCCUCCCGAGGCUGCAGUCACAACACUUACCCAGCGACAGACCUCACUUCCCUGGGAGGACUUGUCAAAGCGGCCCCAGGCUGCAGAAUGGCAGAGGGCCUCAGCCAAACAGGACUAAAGGGCCCAGCUAUAGCAAUAGCAACUCUGCCCUGCCGACGCAGCAAGGCUCUGCAGGGGGACCUGUUACUAUGGUUACAGCCACAGCCUCCGUGACGGUGGCUGUGCAUCCAACCUUGCCAGGGGCGGCAUACCAAGGCUACAUGCAUGAAGGUUUUGACACGGACAGCGAGUCGGACUGUUUUGAGGCUGCUACGAGGACUUGUGGUGACAAAACAAACUUUUCUUCAUGUAAGAGAGACUCUCUAGAGCUCCUGGACUUGGAAGCAACAACGCAGAGCCAGACAGAGCAUCAGCGCAGCAAGACACAAGGUGGGUUGAGGAUCCAGGCAGCCAAAGAUUGCUAGACUCUCUCUAAUGCCCCGCCUUCUUUCUUCGAGUCUCUGGCUGUUUCUCCGGAGCACCUUGCCGCCUCACAUGGCGUCACAUGAUGUCUUGAACUCUCAACUGUAUAUAGACUUCACACAAAAAGGAGAAGAUUUAUUUCAAGGACAUAUUAAGAGAAAUGACGUUUUAAGAAUUAUAUAAAUCUAUGAGUAUAUAUUUUAAUACUAAAAAAGAAGGAAGCUAUUUAAAAGAGUACUGUAUAACUUGGGUAUACUCUUGUGUAAAAGUUCAGAUGUAAAAGAUUAUUUUUUUUGUGGGGCGGUUGAUUUUCGUCUCCCCUCACUGUGUAUAGAAUAAGAAAUGUGCUAUAUGUAAAAAGUGUCCACAAAAAGUGAGAUGUUAUUAAGAUAUUAGGCUAUUGAACAUACAUGGUCAGUGUUUUAUUUCUAUUUGUAUUGUUCUUUUUUUUUGCUGCUACACUUCAAAAUAAUUUUAAGUGAUUUGCCUUAAAAAAAAUGCAGUACCCCCUCUUCCCCCUCUGGUUUAAGUCACACAGUGUUAUGCUGUGAGAUAUUCUGCAUCUGACACACUCUCUCUUGUAGUUCAUAUAGAUGUUCACAGUGUGCACUGAAAAAAAAAGAUUUACACAGCAGAUACUGUUUUCUUAACAGUAGAAAACCGUUGUGCCUUCAGUUUGUCCCCUUUAUUUGUUAUCAGCGCUCAGUAUUAUGUUCUCGCUUUGGUGUAAAUAUGUUUUGUCUCGUCCAGACACAGAAUGUUUGUCAAGAAGCAGUAGAAGACUGAUGUUUGUCAGUCAUCACCAUCAUCUGUCCGUCUAUCUGAAUGUUGUUGAAUCACAUCUAAUUCAUGUUAAAUCUUUGUCCGGGUGUCCCAACGUCCUCUGCAGUUUUAAACUACUUGAAGGAGCUGUGAUAAGAUUUUCCUCUGCAGUUUUUGUAAGCUCUACAAUGGGUGACGUUAACAUUUGUUAGUAUGUGUUUGACAAUUGUUCACCUUCUUGUGUUAUUUUGAAAGGGAAUUCGAAAAAUCCAAUGCAAAGGGAGUUAUUUUAUUAUUAUUAUUAUUUGCUACUUUUUUUCUUCGCUGGCUGCUUUAGGGCUGUUCAUGUUGCGACUGUGCAAAUAUUUCAUGCUGUAAACUGGUUCAGUCUUUAUAAUGCUCCGAGCUGCUCUGACUUCUAAUCUCUCACUCUUCUUGCUAAUACAAACCUCAUAUCUGCCACAUUAUCUUUCAUUCUUAGCAUCCUCAUGUAAUUUGCUUUACAAAAUUUCGUUGUUAUUGUUGUUCAGUAUUGGUCUCAUCACUGCCAGGUUAAAUUGCAGGGAAAAAAAAACAAGCGGAUCUAUUUUUUAACUUCUUUGUUUGUUUUUUUUUAAGUGGCAGCUUUGGUUUCUUUUGUACAUAUGAAAGAAAAGUUAAGUAGCUACUGUGCAGUUGUGAAUAAUUGAGCGGAAUGAGCAAAGCACCAUUUACAGUUUGAUCGGACCGUAGACAGCCAGCAGGUGUUGUCAGACAGUGGCGAGGAGUUUAAAAGGGAGGGGGUUGGGUGGGUUUGAGGGGGGUGCUCCUGCAUUGGUUUGUAGUUUAUUUCGAAAAAAAAUGUUAAUGUCAUGCCAUAUAAAUUAUUUAUAUUAAAAUUUUAUUUUUGUAGUUUGUACAGAUGUUAGUAUCUAGACUGAAGUUCUAUUUUUAAAGAGUGAAUAUAUAUUAUAUAUAAAUAUAUCUAUUUGUUGCUGAGUUUGUUUUGUUUUGUUUGCAUUUUGGGAUUGGGGGGGUGGCGUGGGAGGGAGGGUUCGACAACAUUUUAGAGCAGAGGCCUUUUUUUUAUCUUCGGUGGAGCAGAGGGGGCAGUUGGAAGACCAUGAAGGAGAGGGUGUGUAGGAUUGUAUCACUGUUACACCUUGUUUUUAAGUUUCCUCCUGGCCCUUCCUUCUUCAUUGUCAGUUUUUUUUAAAUGUGCUCGUCCAUGUCUAAAACACUGUGACUUCUGAAAACUAUGCUCAAGAAAACCCUUGUGUGACCGUAAUGUUCCCUCACCUGCUAUAGAAAUUUAACUAACAAAAUAAAUUGAAUGAAAAAAAAAGUG